AUGAAGGCGGUUUGUGAUUUCAAAAUAUUUCUCUUCGUCUUCUUCACUCAAUUCUUUGUACCAUCACAUGACGAGAUGUUCAUGCGCAAUUACAUCGAAGCUUCAAAAGAUUGUUGGUCACUUUUUGCAAGAACUUUACGGCAAUUCAUAGCAAUUCAUAAAAAUAUGAAGAAUAACGUUUAA